AUGGCGUCCCGCAUCGGUCUGCGGAUGGAGCUGAUGAAGCAGCAAGCGCAGCAGGAGGCCGAGAGGGAGCGCGUGCAGCAGCAGAUGAUGAUGAACUACAUGCAGCAGCAGCGGAUGCCGGUGGCCUCCACCCCGGCCAUCAAUACCCCCGUCCACUACCAGUCCCCACCACCCGUGCCUGGAGAGGUCCUCAAGUUCGAUGAGGUCAUCGAUGACAUCAUGCGCCUGGAUGACGUUUUGGGCUACAUGAACCCCGAAGUCCACAUGCCCAACACACUGCCGAUGUCCAGCAGUCACAUGAAUGUCUAUAGUGGGGACCCCCAGGUGACGGCCUCUCUUGUGGGUGUCACCAGCAGCUCCUGCCCUGCCGACCUCACCCAGAAGAGAGAGCUGACAGAUGCUGAGAGCCGAGCCCUGGCGAAAGAGCGCCAGAAGAAAGACAAUCACAACCUGAUUGAGCGACGGCGAAGGUUUAAUAUCAACGACCGCAUCAAAGAGUUGGGGAUGCUGAUCCCCAAGGCCAAUGACCUGGACGUGCGCUGGAACAAAGGGACAAUCCUGAAGGCGUCUGUGGACUACAUCAAGAGGAUGCAGAAGGACUUGCAGAGGUCACGAGACCUGGAGAAUCACUCGCGGCGUCUGGAGAUGACGAAUAAGCAGCUGCUGCUCCGCAUCCAGGAGCUGGAGAUGCAGGCGCGCGUCCAUGGGCUGCCCACCUCCUCGCCCUCGGGCGUCAACGUGGCCGAGCUGGCUCAGCAGGUGGUCAAGCAAGAAGCCAGCGGGGACGAGGGGACGCUGGAGCCGCUGCUGCCACCCCCGGAUUCCGAAUCACAGCCACAGCCGGCGCUGCCCCUACCACCCCAGUCUCCCUACCACCAGCUGGACUUUACCCACAGCCUGAGCUUCGACGACGGCUCCCGGGGCUUCCCGGACACCCUGGAGCCUGGCCAUAGUGCUUCCUUCCCAUCCCUAUCCAAGAAGGAGCUGGACUUGAUGCUGAUGCAGGACACCAUGCUGCCCCUGGCCUCCGACCCCUUGUUCUCGGCCAUGUCCCCGGAGGCUUCCAAGGCCAGCAGUCGCCGGAGCAGCUUCAGCAUGGAGGACGCAGACAUGCUGUGACGAGGAGCUGCUCUCCGACGCUGGGGGCGAGGACUGGACCUUCGAGUUUGAUUAGUGAAGUGACA